CGCUGCGUUCGCUCCCCGCCGCGGAGCCGCCGCGCCGCCGGAGCCGGGAUGUGACUUGCGGAGGGCUGGCGGACAGAGCUGCCCCGCCGCUCUCGGCCGCAGCAGACAGCGGACAGAAAAAUGAAAACCUACCCAGCCAUUGGUUUCUUGCUGCUGUUGGUGAUCAGCUAUGGCUCUUCAGAGAACUCCAGCACGCCCCGAGGCUGCGGGCUGGAUCUCCUGCCUCAGUACGUGUACCUGUGUGACCUGGAUGCCAUCUGGGGCAUCGUUCUGGAGGCCGUGGCAGGGGCAGGUGUGCUGACCACGCUGCUGCUGAUGCUGAUCUUGCUGGUGAGGCUGCCCUUCAUCAAGGACAAAGAGAAGAAGAGCCCCCUGGGAAUGCACUUCCUCUUUCUCUUCGGGACUCUGGGACUGUUCGGGCUGACGUUCGCUUUCAUCAUCCAGGAAGAUGAGAUGGUGUGCUCUACCCGAAGGUUUCUCUGGGGAGUUAUCUUUGCUUUGUGCUUCUCCUGCUUGCUAGCCCAGGCCUGGAGACUUCGCAGGCUCGUUCGGCACGGCAAGAGCCCGUCGGGGUGGCACCUGGCCGGGGUGGCCACGUGCCUGAUGCUGGUGCAGGUCAUCAUCGCGACCGAGUGGCUGGUCCUGACCGUGGUCAGAGAGAACAAGCUGGCCUGCAGCUACGAGCCCAUGGAUUUUGUGAUGGCUUCCAUUUAUGUCAUGUUCCUGAUGGUGUUUACCAUGGGAUUUUCGUUUUUCACUCUCUGUGGGAAGUUUAAGAAAUGGAAGAAAAACGGAGUAUGCCUCAUAAUAACCCUAUUUUUUUCCAUUCUGAUUUGGGUGGCCUGGAUGACUAUGUACCUCUUCGGGAAUGCUGAGCUCCAGAGAAGAGACAAAUGGAGUGAUCCCACUCUGGCUAUUGCACUGGUGUCCAGUGGCUGGGUGUUUGUUAUUUUUCAUGCCAUCCCAGAGGUCCACUGUACCAUCCUUCCAUCACAGCAGGAAAACACACCCAAUUAUUUUGAUACUUCACAGCCAAGGAUGCGUGAGACCGCUUUUGAGGAAGACAUACAGCUUCCUAGGAGCUACAUGGAAAAUAAAGCCUUUUCAAUGGAUGAACAUAAUGCAGCGCUGAGGACGGCGGGAUUUCGGAACGGCAGUUUGGGCAGCCGGCCCAGCGCUCCUUUUAGAAGCAAUGUUUAUCAGCCAACUGAGAUGGCAGUUGUGCUAAAUGGUGGGACUAUACCAACUGCUCCGCCAAGUUACACUGGACGACACCUCUGGUGAAAGGCUGUAGGCUGUAGAGAAUAAGAAUCCUUGUUGCAGAUGUUGUUCCCUGGCAGUGUGUCUUUGAGGGAAGGAGUCCGUAACAGUACCAGAACAAAGCAACAAAACAUCCAGGAUCUUUAUAAAUCCUACAGAGGAUUUUGCCUAAAUGUCAACACCAUUGAAUGGAGAAUUGCAGAAACAAAACUGAAGCCAAUCUAAUUUAAAACAGAAGUAGGCACACCUUAAAUUGGCAGAGGAGAUAUUGUAUUCUGAAGUGUAAGAUAAUCUCUUGUCUGUAACUUGUGUGCCAGGCAAGCCUGGUUUUGGUGGUUGCCAGUUGCUUGCAAAAUCCCUUCCUCUCACCUAAACUUAAUUCAUGUUGCCACAAGAGAUUGCCACUACAGCGCGAAAACACGCGGGAUUUCUUUCCAUUUUUCUCCUUUCCUGUCAUGUCCAACGUCAUGAGAAGUCCCCUGUUCGCUCUCUCCCCGGCUGUGCUGUGCAGACACGCGGCACCGUGUGUAGUCAGAUACGGUCCCACGGUGGCAGCUCGGGCUCUGUGGCUCUGCAGGCUCUGCCCCGCUCUCUCAGGAGCUCUGCUCUCAGGAGCCCCGCUCUGUGUCAGGAGCUCCGCUCUCUGUCAGGAGCUCUGCUCUCAGGAGCCCCGCUCUGUCAGGAGCCACUCUCUGUCAGGAGCUCUGGUCUCAGGAGCCCCGCUCUGUGUCAGGAGCUCCGCUCUCUGUCAGGAGCCCUGCUCUCUCAGGAGCUCUGCUCUCAGGAGCUGGCCUGGAGCAGUUCGGGAGCUCUGUGCAUGUUCCGUGCGCCUUGAGGAGCUUCCCGGGGCAGAGGGAGAAGCGCGGCUCCGGCUCGGGCAGCUCUCCCCGGCCCGAGGGAUGGAUUGGGUGCCAGCAGCCCCAGGCCGGGUGUGAGCAGAGCCCAGAGGCGAAGCCGUUCCUGGCAGGGAUGUUUUGGCCGGGGCUGGGCUCGGGCAGGAGCCGGGGCGGGGAGAGCCCCGAGCCCCGUUGGUACGCGCGGCCCGCUCCCCUCGACCGCAGCUGUUCGUGCAUUGACAUGUGGUUGUGCGUUUUAGUGCCUAGAGAGUAGAAUCUCUGUGCUGGAGGUGGUUUGGUGUUGUUUUUGUUUAUUUAAGGUGGUUUCUUCCCUAGUCCUCCCCUCCCCAUCCAUUUUCUUGAGUUGAUAUAAGGCAGAGUUUUCAAAGCUUUUCAUCUUUGUUUUCUCCAGGUUAUUUAAGCGGUUCCCAUUGCCCAUUUGUUGUGCCAUGGUUUUUCAUUAUGUUCGAGCAAUCAUUCCUUUCUUUAACAUUUAAUACAUAUCGGACACUGAAAACAUCACUGUAUCCUCACUGUUUGGCCAAUGUUAAUCUUAGCUUUCCUCAAUACUAAAAGUUAAUUGUUUUUACUUGAAGGCAUAGGAAACAUAUAACAAUUAAACUUUGCAUAUGCUGUAAUAAAAAUAUAUAUUUUCAAACUAAAAAAAAAAAGUACAAAUAACUGAAUAGCUUAGUAGCUUCACAGAGAGAAGUUACUUGUUGUAUACUGCAGAAGAAAGACAAGCUUUUUAUUUUUCAAGAGUCUUCCUGAUUCCUCAUGUACCUCCAUUUCUACUGAAUUAGGAGCCUAGUCCUGCAGCCCUGUACUCCCAUAGGAAUAGGGACACCAGUAGGUCUACACAGGGUACAGAGGCUGCAAGACCAGCCCCUAAGUGUUGCACACAGAUAUAUGUAUAUAUAUAUAUGGAAAAAUAUCUAUUGCCAUUCUUGCCAUGAUCAUCUUAUGGGGUUUUAUUUCAAAGCCCUUCUCCUCCAGAAGCAAUGUUUUUCUGUCAUGCAUGAGUGAAGGAGUAUGUCAGCUCCCCCCUGCCCUCCCUCCUCGAGGCAAAGGAAGCAUGUGCUUGUUUUAGGGAUCCUUUAUUUCAUUUUGUAUGUAACUAGAUGGCCUUAGAAACCAAGUAGGGUAGGGGUGGAUAUUGCAUGCUAUCCCGUGACUUAGAAAUACAUUUUGCUUGUUAUGAGCAGAGCUUUGAUCAAAUAAUAUAUUAUGUAAGAUAACGAUAGCCAUCCAGAAGACACAUAAUUUGGAACAAUAAAAAAACUAUUACCAUCACUUGCCUGCAGAAUUUUGCUUUUCAAAACCAGUUAGAAAAAAAACAUCCUUCAUAAAACUCUUAGCAUAAAAACAUAUAAGAUGACCAUGGCAUAAAUGGUAGGACAGGUUUCUUUUAAAGAGUUUAUCAUGCUACAACCAAGACUUAUGAAUUAUAAUACACUUUUUACAGACCUUUGACAAAAACUACACAAGACAUAGCUAUCUUAAGAAACUUUCUUUUUCUAGAUGUGACUGAAUUGAUAAAUAGAGUUCCCAAUCCCGCUUCUGAUGAAGUUGUUUGGGAUUUCAGGGCUUAUGCAAAGAUAUGGCCAGACCUUACAAACUGCAGUUCACAUGACGAGUCUCACUGGGUUAGUCAUGUGGACUAUUCACUGAAUUAAAAAUUAGCAGGAUUGGGUUUAAUGUGUGGUGGUGAAAGUGUGGCAGUAGAUUUAGGAGGGUCUUUAUUUCCCAACUUUUUAAAAUUAGUGAUGAUCAACUUUUUUUUUUGUAAGUCACUAGCCUGUGAUGUAAAAUGCCCCAAAAUAAAACUGUAAUUGAAGAAAGGCACCUUUAUGUUAACUUAUAUUUUUGUUACAAUAUUUACUUUUGCCUUUUUUGAAAGUUUUCUAGAAUGUAGAGCAUCUGUGAACAACAUGAAUAAGUAACUAAGCACAAGCCUUUCGCAGUUCUCCUGAUUAUAAUUAGCUUUUAUACUAUAAAAGCUACUAUGUUGUCCCUUGAUGGUUAUGUGCUUAUGGUGUUUCCAUGCAGAAAAAUGAAAUAAAAAAGCAUCUGACAAAAGCAUCUAUUAGCAAAAGAAGAUUUUAAAUGACCAGCUUUUGAUCAAUGGCAGGAAAAGAGUUCAAUGUCCUACAGAUACUGUCCAGCUUUCAGAUGGGUUGAGGGUGUUUGACACUUGCCAGAAAAUAUGUAGCAUCUUCAGAAGAACACUCUCAAUACAUCCAGCUGCUUCUAGAAACAAGGUACAUGAGAUAUUUUAGACUUAGCUGUUUCUGCUUUUCUGCCUGUUUAGAAUACACAGGCAUCUUGCUUGGCUUUGUCUGAGCUCGAUGCCUUGGGUCUAACCAAAGGCCAUACAAAAGGGAGCAUUGUAGCUUUUAUAAUAAAACAAUUGGAUUAUUCUACCAACUUACAGGAUUACAAAGCAGGUGCUUUUUAUUAAUUGAUGAGAGCUAAAGCUCACUUUUGAUAGAUAAUAUAUAUUUAUUAAAUGUAUUAACGUGUGUUUUAUAACGUACCCUUUUUCCUGCUGAUUGUUGCAUACUGGUAUCUUAUUAAGUACAUCUUCAAAGGGUUUUCAAGACAAUCAAUGUGUACCACGAUGACUGUACAUAAAUAUACAAAACUACAAAGGUUGUAAAGCAUGGGCAAAUGUUUUAUUUUCAAAAUGCUGUUCUUAACGAGAAUAAAGGCUUUACUAUUUACUUACAA